GUUGUGCAAGCUAAGAAGGAAAGUUUCUAAAGAUUUGUCCCGGGUGUGGAUAAUUCGCUAGAAGUAUUUGCACGAUCCAUUGUAAAUAGGCUUAUCAGGAUGUGAGGACUAAGGAUCUGCAGAGUUUUCAAAAUGUAAUAAGGAAAAUUAAAUCAUUAUGUUACAAACACAUUUGUGGUUAGUGACAAUUAUAUAGUGUUUAGAGUCAAGAAAACAGUAUAUAAUUUUUAAAACAAACUGUCAGUAUAAUAAUCAUUGAAAAAAAGUCAUUAUGGCAGCAGCUGUAGAGAUGGAAAACGGCGUCAAUCGGGCUGAAAAUCUGUUCUCUCCAGACGAACAAGAUGUGGAAAUGGCAGCAGAGAUGGCCACAUUGUCAUUGAAGACAGUGCUAGUCAGUCCCAGCAGUGAGGAGUUUGAUAUAUUGAUGGAGACAAUCCAGGAGAGGAUUAUAGAGGGACAGGGGGAAACCAUAUAUGAAAUUGGAACUGGAGAGGGGGGAGCACCAGGACUGUCAGAGGAAGACAUGCAGGCCUCGAUAGCCACACUUACAAGUAUUGCCCAGCCUCAGAAUCUCGAGAUGGUGAAGUUACGAGAGAGAAAAGAGGCAGGGGGAAGUGUGGUGGAGUUCCUUCUUAGGAAAACCCUGGAACCAGAGGACUUCAUGGAGGUCAGAGUAGCAGUUGUGGGGAAUGUGGAUGCUGGAAAAAGCACAUUGUUGGGAGUGCUCACACACGGAGAGCUAGACAAUGGCCGAGGAAUGGCUAGACAGAGACUUUUUAGACACAAACAUGAGAUGGAAUCAGGGAGGACCAGCAGUGUAGGCAAUGAUAUCCUGGGUUUUGAUUCCGUUGGGAAGGUUGUUAACAAACCUGAUCACGGCCAUCUUGACUGGGUCAAGAUAUGUGAACAGGCAUCAAAGGUGGUAACAUUUAUUGACCUGGCUGGACAUGAGAAAUACCUGAAGACAACAGUGUUUGGAAUGACAGGGCAUGCACCUGACUUUGCCAUGUUGAUGAUUGGAGCCAAUGCUGGGGUGAUAGGAAUGACAAAAGAACACCUGGGUCUAGCUCUGGCACUAAGUGUGCCAGUGUUUGUUGUUGUUACAAAGAUAGACAUGUGCCCAGCAAAUGUCCUUCAGGAAACUCUCAAGAUGUUGCAAAGAAUUCUCAAAUCUCCUGGCUGUAGAAAGAUCCCAAUCCUUGUCCAGAAUCAGGAUGAUGUAGUAUGCUCAGCAACAAACUUCACAUCAGAAAGGAUGUGUCCUAUAUUUCAAGUUUCCAAUGUGUCCGGAGAAAAUCUAGAUUUACUAAAGAUGUUUAUGAACCUGCUGACAACAAGAGUGAAGUGUCAUCCAACAGAACCAGCUGAAUUUCAGAUAGAUGAUACAUUCUCAGUUCCAGGAGUAGGAACAGUGGUGUCAGGAACACUACUACAGGGACAGAUAAGACUUAAUGAUUCAUUAUUACUGGGUCCCGAUGCUCUUGGACAUUUCCAGCCAAUUCUCAUCAAAAGUAUCCACAGAAAGAGGAUGUCUGUGCGAGAAGUUCGAGGCGGACAAACAGCAUCGUUUGCUCUUAAAAAGAUCAAAAGAUCCUCUAUACGUAAAGGAAUGGUACUGAUCUCACCAAGACUAGAACCAAAGGCUUGCUGGGAAUUUGAGUCGGAGAUAUUGGUGUUACACCAUCCUACCACAAUAUCAGUCCGCUACCAAGCUAUGGUCCAUGUUGGUAGUGUGCGACAGACUGCAACCAUAAUUAGCAUGACCAGUGAACAUCUAAGAACUGGUGACAAAGCCAUUGUCAGAUUUAGAUUCAUCAAAAACCCAGAGUACCUAAAGACAGACAUGAAAAUGGUGUUCAGAGAGGGCCGCACAAAAGCUAUUGGAAACAUUUGUAAAUUGUAUCCUCAUGUCAGUGCUGUGGCACAGAACACUCGACAGCACAGGGCAGCAAAGAAAGCUCAGGAGGCCAACCACCAAUCACAUCCGGCCAAUGAGCCACAGAAACCCAGCAAGAGGAGGCGUUCCCGAGGGGGCACUGCCCGGCUACCACAGCCAGUAGCAGAGCAGGAUGAGGCUAGUUCCUCUCUAAUAAAGAGGUCUCCCCCAACUAGUGCAGUGACAGUUGCUUCCUAACUUUGUGAUGUUGGCGAUUCACCAUUGCAUUUGCAAGUCUGCGGUGGCAGGAGGAACAUUGUCGUCGUUAUGAAAUGAUCUAGUGUGUUAGUCUAUACCAAAUGAAAUACUGCUUGAGGGUGAACAUUUAACAAAAUGUUGAACAAGAAAACUAGUUUUACCCCAUUUCUGACCCUGAACUCAAGUUGUGUCAAUCAUCACUUCAUGAUUUCAUUAUGAUUUUAUCAUGAUUUUUAUCAUUUCAAUGUAUUAUAUUAAUUUAUUUUGUAAGUAAAAAGCCAUACAGAUGAAUUCAUAAUGUCUCUAUUUAAAAUCCCUACAAUUUGUUGUGGUAUACAACAGUCUGUAGAAUGUGAAACUCCUGCAGGGCGAAGCUUUCAGUCACCAUACUGAUCUCUCAGGAAUACCAGGUGUGAUGAUCUAAAUUUUCAUCUUUUUUUAAAAAUCUUUUUUUCCUUUUCUGUGCAAUUUAAAAUAGGAAACCACUAACAAAUCCUAUCGCAUUCAGAAAAUAUGGGUAUUUACAGCAGUAAUCACAAAGGGGAAAAUAUAGUUCAAAAUUAGGUGAUUUGAGAAAUAUUUUUUACUGAAGUUCUAGUUGUUUUGAAUACAGUAAUAUUUCCAGUUUCAGUUUUAGAGUUAUUUUCUUGAGAAUACCUGUAACCAUUACCUGGUAUUAAAAGCAAGGAUGUCCUGUAAGCAGUUUUUUUUUUCAUUAUUUCUAAA